UUGUUACAAGCUGAUCGAUAUAAAGUUUUCAUGUUAUUCUCUGUACUACUUGGAAAGAAAAUGACUGAGCUCCUAACACUCGGUACGGAUUUUGUUUUUGGUUACAUUCAAGCCAUGGACGGAGAGAAGGAUCCAAGAAACUUGCUGGUUUGUUUGGAGCUUGUUCAAAUCAUUGUAAUGAGAUUUCCUAUCGUUUGCAGACAUUGCAUCAUCAAAUACCUGCAACUCAGCAAAUACUGCCCGACGUGCAACAUGAAAGUCCACGAAACUCAACCGUUACUCAACGUCAGACUUGAUAGGACGAUGCAAGAUAUUGUUUAUAAAGUCAUUCCAAACUUAUUUGAAGAUGAAGAAGUGAGGGAACGUAAAUUUUACGAAGAAAGAAGACUGCCAGUGCCAAAGAAAGUUAUCAAAUCGGAAGGUAAUAUCAAGACAGUAUUUACGUUGCUCGCAUCGUGUGCUUAUAUUGCACCUUGAAAAACUGUUUAAAAAAAAGAUCAACCUGAUGGAAGAACAAGAGUUGCAGUUUUUCUGUGAAGAUAAAUUGGUUAAUAGUGCAAGUUCAAUGAAGCAAUUGUAUGUCGUGAAUUGGGGAUUAAAGGAUUUACCAAUGUGUCUUCAAUAUCGUGUUUAUUCAACGCCCAACGUCAUCAUUCAGAAGGAUAUUUCGACUAGUUUCUAUUCUCCAUUGACGCAAGAAUACCAUCGUUCAGAACGAUAUUUCAAAUGUUCAUUCUCUAUUGAUGCAAGAUACCAUUAUUCAGGAGGAUAUUUCAACUAGUGUUCAUUCUCCAUUGGCGCAAGAUACCAUCGUUCAGAGCGAUAUUUCAUCUGUGCAUUCUCCAUUGACGCAAAAUACCAUUAUUCAAAUGGGUAUUUCAACUAGUGUCCAUUCUCCAUUGACACAAGAUUCCAUUAUUCAGAAGGAUAUUUUUAACUAGUGUUCAUUCUCCAUUGACGCAAGAUACCAUUAUUCAGAAGAAUAAUUCAACUAAUGUCCAUUCUCCAUUGACGCAAGAUACAAGGUUGGUGUCCCUCCAGUUGCCUUGUACAUCGCCUGUUUUACAACUCUAAAAAGGCGCUGAAACUGUCCAUUCCAUCAUGGCGCUCGGGACGGGAUUGGGACUAGAUGAGGCUGUCACUCCUCCCCCUUUUUGCACAGAUACAGAAAUUGAGAUGUUGAAUCGAUACCAACUCAUAUAGUAAUAUGAAAACUGCUGUUUGAUAAUGGGCGCUAUUGUUCAAAAAUAGCAUGUUGCUUGAAUGGAGCAUCUAAUAUGUGAUAACAUUUUACCGUAAGGAAAUAUUAAAAAAAACGGACAUUUCAUGC